AUGAGUUCGUAUCAGUUCAUGAACUGCUACCAGCAGAGCCAGCAGGCCCAACAGCAACAGGGCCGAGCGGUCACAUCGCCGGUCGACCCUCUACAGACGGGCAACAGUCCGGGCGGAGGCGGUGCCGCUUCGGCCUCUGCUGCCGACUACUACGGACAGGCUGCCCAAGGCGGUGGCGGCGGCGGCGGAGUGUACAACGCAGGCCCGGCCGCCGGCUGCUACUCGCCGCAACAGUACGCAUCGCAGUACAUGCAACAGUCGUCGCCGUCCAUGAUCGACUACACGCAACUGCACUCGGUCAACCACCAGCAACAGCACCAACAGCACCAGCAGCACCAGAGGCUGCAGGCGGCCGCGGCUGCUGCGGCCGCUGGCGCCCACCUGCAGCACUUGCAGCACCACGGUGGCGGCGGCGGCGUCGGCGGUUUACCGUCGCCCGGGGGCGGUGGCGCCAUAUCGCCCAUAUCGUCCGCGCUCAACAACAACGUCGUCGGCAUGCCGUCCGCGGCCGGCGGCGUCGUCCAGUGCAAGUACGAAGUGACCGCCUCGGCGUCGGCCACGCCAAACGGCAUCAGCUCGCCGCAAGACCUAACCACGUCCGCGGCACCGCCACCCGGGUCCCGGUCACCACCGCCCGCCGUCGUCAUGAAGUCUGUCCGGUCCUCCGGCGGCCCGGUGGCCGGUUCCUCGCCCGCCACACAGGGCCCCGUCUCACAGACGUCCUCGUCGCCCGCAUCGUCCAUAUCGUCCACGUCGUCCAACGGCGGCGGAAACGGCAACGGACCAGCGUCUUCGGGCGGCAAACAGGGCUCCGGCCAAAACCCACCGCAGAUCUACCCGUGGAUGAAGAGAGUUCACCUCGGACAGAGUACGGUGAACGCCAACGGCGAGACGAAACGGCAGCGCACGUCGUACACCCGUUACCAGACGCUUGAGCUGGAGAAAGAGUUCCACUUCAACCGGUACCUGACCAGGCGGCGGAGGAUCGAGAUCGCGCACGCGCUGUGCCUGACCGAGCGGCAGAUAAAGAUAUGGUUCCAGAACAGGCGGAUGAAGUGGAAAAAGGAGCACAAGAUGGCCAGCAUGAACAUGGUGCCGUACCACUAUCACAUGGCCGCCCAGCCCUACGGCACCCCGUACCCCUUCACGCACCUCACCACCUGA